GGGAAGAGUACUGGUGGCCGCGUACCGGAAGCUGUGACUGUUGUUGACAGUUCGAUUCUGUUCCUGAAUGAUUUUUUGCACUUGGGCGGCUUUUUCCUCACGUACAUCAUGAAAAAAUUUUUGGAAGACAUUAAAAAGGAUAUCAAGUUCAAAUCGGCCGGUCCUGGAAAGAAGUUAAACGAGGAGAGCAGUAGCUCAAAAGAACCUGCCAACGAGCCAGCUGCCCCUGCAAAGCCAAGAUAUGUCCCCAGUGAAGGAUCUCAGAUGGCUGGUGCUGCAGCCCUAGCAAGAAUCCAGCAGCAACAAAAACCACGGCCGCUGUCAUCUCAAGAUGCAAUUCGCAAUCAAGUAAAGAAGGAGUUGAUGGCUGAAGCUGAAGCUGCAGCAGCGUCCACUACCUCUGUGCAUAAAGAUGACUCCAAAACAGAUCUUAAGGAAGAUGCCACAUUAUUCUCCGUGUCUGGUGUUUACUUCAUCUGUCCACUUACGGGAGCUACACUGAAAAAAAAUGAAAGAGAAAGUCAUAUCAAGGAAGCAAUACUCAUGAAAUUUGCAGAUGACCCACUGGAAGCCUCUAUCAUGAUGGUCCAUACGUUCAACAAGGACAGAGAGAAAGUCAGUGCAGCCAUUGAAGUCAUAGGCAAGUACAUGGACAAUAUAUGCAACAACCCUACUGAAGAGAAAUACAGAAAAAUAAGGCUGAGUAAUAAAAUAUUUCAGGAAAAAAUCCAUCCCUUAGAGGGCACACAGGAAUUUCUUCAGGCAGUUGGCUUUGAAAAGAAGAGCUUGGAGGUUUCUGGUCAAGAAAACAUGGAGGAAUUUUAUGUAAUAAGUGAGGAAACCCUCGUGCAACUGGAACACCUGAAGGAGUGCAAAACAAAGCUGAUGUCUGCAGAACCAGUGAGGGCCAAGCUGGAUCGACAACCCCGCGUCUUCAAGCCUUCACCGCAGGCCUCUCGCUUUGAGCUGCCAGCCGAUUUCUACAACCUGACAGCUGAAGAGCUAAAGAAGGAGCAACAGAUGAGGAGUGAAGCAGUGGAGCGAAAUUCAAUGCUGCGCACCAAAGCCAUGAGGGAGCGGGACGAGCAAAGGGAAAUGAGGAAAUACAACUAUACACUAGUGCGGGUCCGCCUGCCCGAUGGAAACCUACUGCAAGGGACCUUCUACGCCAGAGAGAAAGUUUCCGACGUGUAUGAAUUUGUCCGCAGUCACCUCCUGAACAGCUGGCAGCCCUUUGAGCUCCGGGCCCCUGCUGGACAGAAACUGAACGAGUCCACCGCCCUGAACGAGUGCGGCCUGGUACCGGCGGCUCUUCUGACAUUUGUUUGGGAUGCAGCGAUCCAGGCCGACAUCGAGGCAGCGUGUGCACAGAGUCGAGACAUCCUCACCUCUACCCUCAUGUCCAGCAUUGAAACUCUGACAUGAAGAGAAACGUCCUGGUCUUCUCUCAUUGUACUGAUCUAACAGUCAGGAGGAGUUAAGUCGGGGGGGGGGGGGGGAAAUAAUAAUAAUGCUGCUAGAUUGAAAAGAGCGAAAGAAAACGAGGCGUGUAGCACCUUAUUACUUUAACAAAGUGAGCCGAGUAAGUAACCAGUUUAAACUGUAAAAGGCUCCCCUGAAAACAAGCGGAUGACACAUUCACACCCUGUAAUAAGAAUCAAGCUGACGAUUUCACAACUCCAUUUAAAACUGUAACUGGUUAACGCGCUGUGGGACCCAAAGAGAGAGCAGGUCCCCCUCUCCGCCUUGUACAAUAUACUACUUUACAAAAGUGUUUGAUAUUUAGGGAACGCACACUUCCUUUAAAAGAUGGCUUGGUCCUUGCGAUAACUUUAACUUUUCUGAAGACUUUGAGCAGACAGAAUUCAAAUUGUAUUCCUUUGUAUGCAGGUGAUACCAGGCUUUUGGCUCUGAUGCAACAUAUCACACUAUCCGAUGCACUGCCAAUGGGAACCCGAAAUUCAAUAUGGCUGACACUCAGUGGGGUAAAUGUAACCGUCACGUCCUCACUCGGAGAACAAUUAAAAUGAUGGCUGUGUCUGCACGAACGAGCGCAAAAGUGCAUAAUCCUGUAUGAAUGAAGUGUUACAAUUAGUGGAAGGAAAAUGAACGAGGACUUGUUUUCAAAUGCAAAUACCACGUGAGCAGACUGGUGAUUGUGUGCCCGGGCAACUCCAGUGGGGCAGAAUCACUGGGUGUCAGUAAAGUGGCGUGCAGAGCCGUGAGCUCCAAGCCCUUAAUAAACUGAAGAGGCUUUCCCAGUGACAGCUGCUGGCUUAACAUUUGGUGCACGUCUGUGUGUGUCUGUGUGUGUGUGCAUCUCAAUCAAUUAGAAUAUCAACCUAAAGUUCAUUUAUUUCAGUAAUUCAAUUCAAAAGGUGAAACUCGCAGAUUCAUUAACACACAGACUGAUACAUUUCAAGUGUUUACAGUAAUCCCUCGCUACUUCGCAGUUCACUAUUCACGGAUUUUAUAUGUAAGCAUAUCUAAAUAUAUAACGCGGAUUUUUCGCUGCUUCGUGGGUUUCUGCAGACAAUGGGUCUUUUUACUUCUGGUAUUUGCUUCCUCAGUUGGUUUGCCCAAUUGAUUUCAUACAAGAGAUGCUAUCUGCGGAUGGGUGAGAAGCUACCCAAUCAGAGCACGCAGUUAAGUUCCUGUGUGCUGCUGAUUGGCUCAGCGACGGAGUGCUGCAUUAACCAGGAAGUCUCAUCUCACUCAUUCAGCAUUAACGUGCUACUGCUUCAGGGGCCGUGUCCAAGCGCCAACAGAAGAUGCAAACGAUUGCAGAAAAGGUAAAAGUUUUGGAUAUGUUGAAGGAAGGGAACAGCUACACCGCUGCAGGACACCAUUACAGCAUAAAUGAGUCCACGAUUCUUUUUACUUAAAAAGGAGGAAAAGCAUAUAAGAUCUACAGCCGCAGUGUCCUUUAACCAGGGCGCAAAACGAGUUGUAAGUGGACGUGAUAAGGCAGUAGUCUGGAUGGAAUCUGCUUUAGGAAUCUUUGCAACAAGGUCGACGACAAGGAUUCUAAAUGUGCAGAGAGUUGGAAUAUCAUACAGUUAACGUGUUCUGUGUGGUGAUCUAUUGGUGUUUGCCGCUGCUGUCAGGUCCAGAGGAAGCACUAGAAAAAAGACGGCACAAAAGACAGUACAUGAGACUUAAAAUGUAUCGUGUCAUUCGUUACGAUCGGGAAUAUGCGACACUUGAAUAUGAAAGCACCAUGAAUGCAUUUGUAUGUCGGCAUUUUGCUUCACCACACUGAUGGCUGAGCAGCUACCCAAUCAGAGCACGCAGUUAAGUUCCUGUGUGCUGCUGAUUGGCUCAGCGACGGAGUGCCGCAUUAACCAGGAAGUCUCACCUCACUCAUUCAGCAUUAACGUGCUCUUGCUACUGCAUUCAGGGGAUUAUCACCUUCACUGUCAUCAUUUUUACUGCGCAGCAUAUUCAUCACCAUCAUCACGUCAUAUAUAGCUACGUGUACUUCGCUAUACAGUAAGUGUAAACUUAUCUACCGAUUUCAUAUUGCUUAGCAGUUGUCCCUGUUAUUAAUAGAGUAAAGGGUGGGUUGUAAACAAUACAGGGAGGGUUUAAAAACGUCCAAAUACACAUUAAAUAAUUAAAUAAAUAUGGUGUCCCUACUUAGCGGAAAUUCAGUUAUUGCGGUCGGCCUUGGAACCUAUCUCCCGCGAUAAGUGAGGGAUUACUGUAUUUCUUUUCAUUUUGCUGCUUAUAGCUAAUGAAAACUCAAAAUUCAGUGGCUCAGAAAAUUGUGAAAAGUUCAAUAUUGUAGACUCGUGGUGUCCCACUCCACUCGGCUAAUGAACCCAAAACACCUACAGAGGGGUCCUGAGCCUUGAAAUGGUCUCUCAGUCUGGUUCAGUAGGCCACACAAUCGGACUGCUGACUUGACAGUUGUCCAGAAGACAGUCAUUGACAAGGAGGGGACACCACAAAAGGUCUUUGCUGAAGAAGCUGGCUGGUCACAGAGUGCCGUAUCCAAGCAGAUUAAUGGAAAGUUGGGUGGAAGGAAAAAAUGUGACAGCAGAAAAAAGGGACACAAGCAACAGGGAUAAGCGCAGCCUUGAGAGGAUUCUGAAGCAGAGCCAUUCAAGAAUUUGAGGGAGAUUCACAAGGAGUGGACUGCGGCUGGAGUCGUUGCUUCAAGAGUCACCACACACUGACGUGGGCUACAACUGUCACAGCAUUCCUUGUGUCAAGCCACUCCUGAACCAGAGACAACAUCAGAAGUGUCUUACCUGGGCCAAGGAGAAAACGGACUGGACUUUUGCUCAGGGGUCCAAAGUCCUCUUUUCAGAUGAAAGUCAAUUUUGAUAAUAAAUGUCCCAGAGUCUGGAGGAAGAGUGGAGAGACACAGAAUCCAAGUUGCUUGAGGUCCAGUGUGACGUUUCUACAGUCAGUGAUGACUUGCUGCUGGUGUUGGUCCACUGUGUUUUAUCAAGUCCAAAGUCAGCGCAGCCGUCUACCAGGAAAGUUUAGAGCACUUCAUGCUUCCCUCUGCUGACAAGCUUUAUGGAGAUGCUGAUUUCAUUUUCCAGCAGGACUUGGCACCUGCCCACACUGGCACAAGUACCAGCACCUGGUUUAAUGACUGUGGUAUCACUGUGCUUGAUUGGCCAGCAAACUCACCUGACCUAAACACCAUAGAGAAUCUAUCAAGAGGAAGAUGAGAGACACCAGAGCCAACAAUGUAGACAAGCUUAAGGCCACCAUCAAAGCCUCCAUAACACCUCAGCAGUGCCACAGGCUGAUCGCCUCCAUUAUGCAGUACUUCAUGCAAAAGGAGCUCCGACCAAGUAUGGAGUGCGUACAUCGAUAGACUCGCACCUGUAGAGCAACAUUUCUGUAUCUAUCUAUAAAAUUCUUUUCGCGUUUGAAACGGAAAUUACGUAUGACCACAGAACAUCAUAUAAUCCAUGAAUUAGCCAGGCGCGUUCUGACAGAAGUUUUAUUUAUUCGUCCACGUGACUGUCGCAGAAACUGCCAUGUUGCAACUUUUUUUUUAGUUGGCAGUACUUGAUAGUAGAAGAGAUGAGGAACACAGCUUUGCGUCUUUCUACUUUUUAACUGCGCCGAGCUGUAAACAAUGUGAAGACGAGACCGGCAUCAGCGGUGAGGGGUCGUGAGAACAAAGUGGACGCUGGGAGAUGCGGAAUGUCAGGCUGCUCCACCGGGUCAAGAGCUUUGCAAGUUUCAGGCAGCAUCUUCUCUUCUCACACUGUUUGUGACACUUCAAGUGCGCCGUUGGCUCCUGGGAGAGUGGAAAUCUUUGCGAAUGAAUGUAAUCGGUGCCAUCGAAGCAGGACUCUGUUUGUAAAUUACCCUGCACGACUACUUACGGUCCCUUAAGGUGAGUUCAGGUCACUAAAACCCCGCAACAUUCAAGGUUCCUUUUGUGAUCAAUUAUUUUAACAAGUAAAGCACAGGCAUGUAGUUCAAGGUUGUCAGGCAAAAAUUUGGAUGAUCACAUAGAAAAUGUAAUUUCUAUACCACAGCGGUCAUGUAGCGCCUUUCACAAGGGAUCUGCUACUGAGAGAUGAUCCAAAUACAUUUUACCUGCUGUUAGUACCACUUACCUGUUGUGUUAUAGCGCCUUUAAAAUGUAGUUUACUCCAAACCACUCCAGUAGUGCUCAAUAUAUCUUUACUUCUUAAAUGUUAAUGUUUUACUGUUUAAUAACUUCUAGACUACAUUUGAUUUUUUUCCCUUACAGUCAUUGAGCGAAGCCACUGGGUAAUCAACUAGUUAAAAAUAAUUUUUUCAUUGGUCUUAUGUAAUAUUCAAAUUUUCUGAGAUACUGAAUUUUGGGUUUUUAUUACCUGUAGGCCAUAAUCAGCAAAAUGAAAAGAAAUAAAACAUUUAAAAUAUAUCACUGUGUGUCAUGAGUCUAUACAAUAUAGGAGUUUCCCAUUUUGAAUCCAUCCAUUGUCCAACCUGCUGAAUCCGAACACAGGGUCAUGGGGGUCUGCUGGAGCCAAUCCCAGCCAACACAGGGCACAAGGCAGGAACCAAUCCCGGGCAGGGUGCCAACCCACCGCAGGACACACACCAAGCACACACUUGGGCCAAUUCAGAAUCGCCAAUCCACCUAACCUGCAUGUCUUUGGACUGUGGGAGGAAACCCACGCAGGGAGAACCUGGGAAGUGAACCCGGGUCUCCUUACUGCGAGGCAGCAGCGCUACCCACUGUGCCAGCGUGCCACCCCCAUUUUGAAUCAAAUUACUGAAAUAAAUGAACUUUGAUGACAUUCUAAUUGGUUGAGAUGCACCUGAAUAUCUAAACGUAUGCACACACACCCCACGGAGUUUGAGGACUAAACUGUCCUUUGCCGAAGUGUCAUCAGGUCUGCAGCAGACGAACUGUUCAACAGGAUUAGGCAGCCACCGUGUUUUGUAGUCCUGCCAAGUCCAUAUAGCAUGUCAAAGCUACGCCACAUCGCAUGCACCAUUUGAACAUUAAACAUAAAAGACGGAGUCCAGUGCUUGCAAUAGAUUUUUAAUCGCGGCCUAAAGGAGCCGACUUAGCCGUUAAAAUAAAAGAGCAGCUGCUCAGGCAAAGAACAACGCGUACCAGUCACAGUGUUGUCACACACCUUGAUGUAUUGCACUGUAUGUAUGACAAGCUGUAUGUUAAACGAUUCAGUAAUGUACAGUAUGUGGUCAUUAAAAGAUGCUUUAUUCUUCA